ACAAACAAAACUUAUUUUUCUUCUUCCUCUCCUGAACUGUGGGGCACUAGAUUGAUAAAAAGUUGCAGAGAAUACUUUGAGUUCAAUGAAAAAGGACGACAUAUUGAACUAUGUUUUUACUGGUGACAAGAAAGACCGUCAGCCGUUGCAAUUUGUGUCAAGUCAUCAGUAGCGAGGCUAGCUACAGGAAAUUUACAGAUUUCAUUCAAAAUAAAGCUAUUUCUCAAGGACGCUUACAAUGUGUUGCGGACGUUUCUCCGUAAAAGCUUUUACUUGGAAAGUUAUGGAAUCGGAAGUUUAGCACGUAUUUUUUUACACGUAAUGACAUCACCAUUGAAGGACCUCCCAGUCAGCUGUGCCAUUAAGGGUCCCUAGCUCUAGCCCGCUAACAGGAGAAGAAAAAAGGCUAUUUUAGGGCUUAAAUUAUGGAUAAGAGUGCUACGAGAUACAAUGUACAGCUGUAUAUUUAUGAUCUAUCCAGAGGAAUGGCGCGCAGCCUCAGUCCUAUCAUGUUAGGAAAGCAACUGGAUGGUAUAUGGCACACAGCCAUAGUGGCAUACGGUGAUGAGUUCUUCUUCGGAGGGGAGGGGAUCUCCAGCUGUUCGCCGGGGGGGACAAUGCUGGGUCCUCCAGACACAGUAGUGGAACUGGGUGAGACCGAGGUGUCUGAGGAGAUCUUUAUGGAUUAUCUCUCUUCCCUGGGAGAAAGCACAUACAGAGGUGACAGGUAUCGCCUGUUCGAGCACAACUGCAACACCUUCACCAAUGAGGUGGCUCAGUUCCUGACGGGCAGGUCCAUCCCCUCUUACAUCACCGACCUUCCGUCUGAAGUCCUCUCUACACCGUUUGGCCAGAUACUGCGGCCCAUUCUGGACUCCAUCCACAUCGCCCCUCCAGGAGGUAACGUCAUCAACGGGGGAAGAAACAUCUAACAUGGGAGAGCAGCGAUGUCAUAAAGUGUUUUUAAGGUCACUUCCAUUGUAGUCAGUCAGUGAGAAGUCUCAAAUUCAUCAUGAUUUAUCAUACUUUAUAAUUUCCUCCAUAAAGUGUAGCUGGUAUCGUGAAUGCUACUUAGGAAGAACUGACUGCCCACUUCAUGAAGUUUGAUUUAUUCAUUGGUUAGGUCAAAUGCAAUGUGAUGAUAAGUACUCAGACAGUAGAAAAAAGCUAAUGGAAUUUCAGGUUAUAAUAGUCAGAUAUGCUAACUAAAAAUUAAGUUUGAGGAAUGUUGCCUCUUUAAAAGUACAUCUGUGGAAAGUCAGAUUAUUAAACUUUUUCAGAAGUGAAGAGUAACAAAAUAUAUUUCAUCUACUAAUAUACUGAACAAAACUGAGGCACUGCAACUUUAUUUAGCAUUUACAUUUUGUAAGACUAUAGUUUUACUCAUUGACUGUAUAAAAUAUGGACGUCAUGACAGCACCCCAAAAGUGAAGCCAAAACAUCUCAAUCACCCACUGGUGGCUGCAGUAUAGGUCAUAAAUCUCGCCCCCUCCAUCUCAGCAGAUGGGACAUGAGCCAAACUAAAAAAUCAAAGGACACAUCAGGUCAAUUUUUCCCAAAGAUUGUUUCUGUCA